AUGGCCCACAAGCUCAUGCGACCCCAGGAUGUCGCUGUCAUCUUCCUGCUCCUGGAAAAACAUACAUACAUCCACCCUUUCAUUGUCUGCUUGGAUGGAGUUAAAGCUUACACCUGUGACCUGUGUGGAAAGUCUUUUACCCUGGCUGGAGACUUAAAAAGACACCAAAUCAUCCACAGUGGAGUUAAAGCGUACAGUUGUGACUUGUGUGGAAAGUCUUUUACCCUGGCUCAAAGCCUAAAAACACACCAACGCAUCCACAGUGGAGUUAAACCUUACAGCUGUGACUUGUGUGGAAAGUCUUUUAAUCGGGCUGGAGACUUAAAAACACACCAAGUCAUCCACAGUGGAGUUAAAGCGUACAGUUGUGACUUGUGUGGAAAGUCUUUUACCCUGGCUCAAAGCCUAAAAGCACACCAACUCAUCCACAGUGGAGUUAAACCUUAUAGUUGUGACUUGUGUGGAAAGUCUUUUACCCAGGCUGGAGACUUAAAAAAACACCAAGUCAUCCACAGUGGAGUUAAAGCGUACAGUUGUGACUUGUGUGGAAAGUCUUUUACCUGGGCUCAAAGCCUAAAAACACACCAACGCAUCCACAGUGGAGUUAAAGCUUACACCUGUGACCUGUGUGGAAAGUCUUUUACCCUGGCUGGAGACUUAAAAAGACACCAAAUCAUCCACAGUGGAGUUAAAGCUUACACCUGUGACUUGUGUGGAAAGUCUUUUACCCGGGCUGCUUUGCCAGCCCUGGAAGCCGAGGCUGACCUGGACUCCUGCUUUCCCCUCUACCAUCUUGGACGUGACUCUGACCAAAUGCUGCAGCAGCUGGACCCACCACAACAGCCUGAAAAUGUCAACAGUGAUGCAGGAAAAGGAUCUCAUGCAGCGGAGACAGAGAGUGCUAAACCCAAGGCCUGUUUCACUACACGGGGGAAAAUUCCCAGACAGCUUCAGUUGACAGAGCUGCGACGAGACGCCCAAUAA